AUGACGGAUAGAUAUUUACGAGAUUUGGAUCCAAUAAAUAAUCAGCAUCUCCAUGGCAUAACAGAAAAUGCUGUUUUUCCUGAUCAUUUAAAUGAAUUAGAGUACAAACCAAGAACUUUAAUUGAUGAAACAUUGGAAAUAAUAGAUCCUACUCCCAAUGUUUAUACGAUGUUUAUUCAAUUUAAUGAAAAAUUUUUCUGGAAUAAGUUGGAUGCUGUUCAGGUGCGAUGGAGUAAUCGAAUGACAACAUGUGCUGGCACAUGUUCGUUCCAUCCACGUAAUCGUGAGUGUGUUAUCUCUCUCAGUUUGCCAUUGCUUAAACUAAGACCCAGAAAGGAUUUAGUGGAAACUUUGCUGAUUUAUCACGAUUUUCAUGACGAGGUGCGUUUAUAUCAACAGCAUUGGUGGAAAUGCGACGGUCCGUGUCAAAAACGUCCUCCUUACUUUGGGAUAGUUCGUCGCGCAAUGAAUCGCCCUCCUGGACCUUCAGACUUCUGGUGGCAAAAUCAUCAACAGAAUUGCGGUGGCAAGUAUAUAAAAAUCAAAGAGCCCGAAAACAAACAGCCUACUAAAAGUAAAAAAUCUAGUGAGAUCUCCAAACCGCUUCCGAAACAAAAUACUUUAGAUAAUUUUGUUCAAUCUACCAAAACAAGUUCAAGUUCAACUUCAUCAUUCUCAAAUGAUUCACCAAAGAAUAAGUCAGGAGGAAUUAAAAAUAUUUCUGGAAACACUAGAUCUGUAGGUAGCAAAACUGUAACAGUCAGUAAAGUUGGAUCAGGAAGUUCAAAUACAAGUGGUCUAAACACAGAAGGUAUUAAAAAACUCGGAACAUCAACGAAUAAUGUUUUUGGUUUCGGAACUGGAGGCCCCGGAUCUUCAAGUUUGACUUCAUCGCCUCCUGUCGCACCAAAUUCUUCAAGAAAUCGAAUUAAUUUCUCUGGUGUUUUGGGAGGAAGUAACACUGGUAAAAGUAUUUUGUUAACUCGCUUUAUGUCACCUCAACCGAGAAAAAAUUCUGAAGAAAUAAAACCUAAAACUCCUCCAAAGCAAGACCAAAAAAAUGAAACUGGCAAUAAUGCACCCGAGUGUCCUAUUUGCAACAAAAUAAUUAUCGAUGAGAAUAUAAACCAACAUAUCGACUCUUGCUUAGUUUCCAACGAUACAAAUUCGGAAGAACCGGCGCAAAAGCGUCCAAAGAUUACAGAGGAAUCAACUCAUGAGUGUCCAUUUUGUCAGCAAAAAUUUUCAGCAUCCUUGAUUGAUAUUCAUGUAAACGAUUGCUUGAAUUUAGAUGUGUUAGAUGAUAAUUCUCGGGCAAAAAGAUCGCAGACUGGCGGUAGUUUAAGAGAAUCUUCUGCAGCACUUGAGGAUAAACGUAUCAAUUGCCCAAAGUGUAAUAGACGUUUUACCAGCGACAAAAUCAAUGAUCAUUUGGAUAUUUGCUUAAACGAAGUCGGUGACUUAGCUUCCAAUGACUCCGUUAUCAAUCUCACUCAUGAUGCUGGUGAUGUCACGGAUUUAACUUUAUCGCCUAUAAGGCCAGUUACUGGCACUGAGGAGUGCAUUACAUGUGGGAGUAGAGUUAGAGUCAGAGAAUACAACGAUCACAUUGAAAAGUGCUUGAAGAAACAUCGGGAAAAAAUGGAAAGAGAUCUUGGUACUGUUGUUGUGGUUGAUGAUGCUGAUCCUCGACCAGGAUGCAGCAAAUCUAAGAAAGAUAGAAGUACUUAUGAAUGCUUGGUAUGUAAUUCGAGAAUUAACAAUGAUAUUCCAUUGAAUGAGCACUUGGAGAUCUGUACGUCGUCAACUUUCGGUGAUAUGACACUUAAUACCAGCGGUAGUAAUUUUACUGAUGAAAAUCCACCUAAUAUGGAGCACAGAUAUUCUUGUCCUAUUUGUAAUUUGAUGAUUAUUGGUAAAGAUAUGGCUGAACAUGUUGACUGGUGUGUUACUCGUAAAAAAUAG